CGCAGUGGUCUCAUUUUUAUAUAGUUAGUGCUUCUUUAGUCAUACUGUGGCUAGAUCUUCCAAGACUUUUUCUUCCUUACAUUUUUCGAUUUUCACACUAUGGCGGAUGCUAUCCAGUCGCCAUCCAGGCCUCAAUAUUGUCAUGAUGUAUCUUGGAAUCCCCUGAGCUACAGAUGGCCUAGCGUAAUCUUUAACCAACAUUAUGGCCUGCCUCCGUUAUUGGACCCUCAAGACCUCAGCUGGAUGGAAGGCAUCUUCAGAAGGCUGGGGACAUCAUCUUGGCCCGGGUACUUGCGCACACCCGUGUUCGCUUCCUUUACUCAGGCCCCAGGACAGCCCAUGUCUAAGCUGCAGAGGGAGAUGAGUGGAGGGGUGUCAGAAGAGGUUGGUGAGAUGUGCAAGUGGAAAAUUAGCUUGGAUAUCAAUCACUUCGCUCCCUCGGAGAUCACGGUCAAAAUACAGGAUGGAUUUUUGGUAAUUGCAGGAAAGCAUGAGGAAAGACAAGAUGAGCACGGCUACAUUGCUAGAUGUUUCACAAGAAAAUACACACUUCCAGGUGGUGUGGAUGCUGAAAAUCUCCAGUCGCGUCUGUCCCCAGAUGGGAUCCUUACAGUGGAGACACCAUUACCCAGCAUUCCCCUCCCUGCUGAUGUCAAUAUCCCCAUCCAGGUGGAGGAAACUGUUGGAGGAAAACAAGAAGAUGCUGAUGAGCCUCAAGUUGAAGCAGAAGCUAAACCGGAAUCAUUUGAAGGAGAAACGCCUGAACCCUCAGUCUCAUCUGAGCUUCCUGAGGGGGAACAGAUCACCGAACGAGACCAGCAGACUGUACCUGAUGUAGAUCCAUCUAGUGAACCACAACCCCAGUCCAUCUCAGAAGCUGCACCAGGUACCACUGAGUCUGAAAGAGAGCAGGUCGGUGAACCCGGAGAGGAGGACAAAGAAGGUGCAUUUCAAGAGGCGGUUGAAGGCACCGAGCAAGAUGGAGAGGAAGUCCGUGAGUCUGCAGACAAGCCUCAGGCUCCAGAGCCUCCAGACACCAUUACCUCCGAGCAAGGAGAGCAAGCAGAGGUCACGCAGCCUCCAGAACUGGAAGGUGAAGAAGGACAUGCAGACCCUGCUGUGACAGAAGAUGAGCAAUCAACCUUCGGGCAAACCCAGGAGGUGUUCAAACCUCAGCAGGUGCUUCAAAAGGAAAUGGAUGUAGGCAAAAUGUAAGCUACAAGAUAACGACAUCCCAGCUCUUUCCUUAGCCUCUUAAUUCCCAUAAAUAUUUUUGAAUUUACUGUAACAAUGCAUCUUCUUAGCACUAAUAAAGACCAGAGCAAGAUUGUGUGAAGCU